AUGGAUGCAUCACAAAGUAAGCUUCCGGCAUUUACCGAGCUGAGUGAAGUGGCAUCGAUUGGAAGCAAUGGUUCGAUUCUGUUCGCAACGGACGAUUGGUUCGCUCCGGCAGAAUGGAUGCUGAAGGAUACCGAGCCAGUGUUUCUUCCGGACGCGUACACACCCUUCGGCAAGUGGAUGGAUGGAUGGGAAACGCGACGCAAGCGUACGCCCGGUCACGAUUGGUGUCUAGUGGAGCUUGGUGCUCCAACACAAGUUGCCGGUUUUAUGAUCGAUACGGCUUUUUUCACUGGCAACUAUGUGCCACGCAUUUCCAUUCAGGGCGGAACAUUGGACGGCACGAUAAAGCGUAUGCUGCAAUCCUCUAUUGCUCGCGAUGGUGAUGAGAACAUGGGCACCGGACGCACUACGGAAGAACUGGGCAUGGUGGAACUGAUAGGAACGGAUCAGUGGGAUGUGCUGUUGCCACGAACUGAGCUAAAGCCUGGGUACGAGCAAACUCGCCGACAUUAUUUUAUCGUACCGAGGGGGAAACAAUCGCUCGUAGUGAAUCACUUACGUGUGAACAUGUUUCCGGACGGUGGGAUCGCCCGUUUACGUGCGUACGGAACGGUGGUCAGGUUAAACUUAAACGACAGUCUGGCUGCAAGGAAACCGAUUGAUAUGAUUGCAAUGCUAAAUGGGGGCCGUUGUACCGGCUUUUCAAACGCACAUUAUGGCCAUCCAAGGAAUUUGAUUAAACCCAGCAAACCCACCAAUAUGGGCGACGGAUGGGAGACGGCUCGUCGACUUGAUCGACCACCCGUACUGCAGGUCGAUGGUGCGGGAAUUCUGCAAGUACCCGGAAGUGAGUGGGCUUCCUUUCAACUUGGCGUCCCUGAUGGAUGCUGGAUAGUGUGUGUCUGCAUCGAUACAAUACAUUUCAAAGGAAACUUCCCGGACAAUGUAAGGGUAGAAUAUGCCACCAAGGACGAGCGGGAUGUGUGGAUAUCAUUGUUGGAAAGGAGAAAAUUGGGACCUAAUCAAACGCAUGAGUUUGGGGCUGCAGAUUUGCUACCACAGGAGAAGGCAGCCUCACUAGUACGCAUCACGAUCGCGCCGGAUGGAGGUCUUUCUAGGGUUCGGGUUUUUGGAACAAUAACAAAACCUUGA